AACCACAGCUCCAGCAUCCCCCUCUGUGCUUGUGGCUGCACCCUUCCUGCUGGCUUGGAAUAGCUGAGGAGACCCAGAUCUUACAUCAAUGGGGUAUUUGGGUUUAACCCUCUCUAACUACAACUACCAGUAGCCUCGAUGUUGGAAGUUCAGCAACAGCUGGAGGGCUGCAGAACUGAGUGUUGGUGGUGGUAGAGAAGCUCCAUUUUAGGGACGAAAAUGAGUGAACUAGAUCAGCUACGCCAGGAGGCUGAGCAGCUCAAGAACCAAAUCAGAGAUGCAAGGAAAGCUUGUGCAGAUGCCACUCUGGCUCAGAUCACAGCCAACAUUGAUCCAGUUGGUCGAAUUCAGAUGCGCACUAGACGUACAUUGAGAGGGCACCUGGCUAAAAUCUAUGCUAUGCACUGGGGUACGGACUCCAGGCUGCUAGUUAGUGCCUCCCAGGACGGCAAGCUCAUCAUUUGGGAUAGUUACACCACGAACAAGGUUCAUGCCAUCCCGCUGCGUUCUUCUUGGGUAAUGACUUGUGCAUAUGCUCCCUCUGGAAACUAUGUUGCCUGUGGUGGUCUUGAUAACAUCUGCUCUAUUUACAACCUCAAAACUCGUGAAGGAAAUGUGCGGGUGAGCCGUGAAUUGGCUGGGCAUACAGGGUAUCUUUCCUGCUGCCGUUUUCUGGAUGAUAACCAAAUAAUUACCAGUUCUGGAGAUACCACUUGUGCCCUUUGGGACAUUGAAACUGGCCAGCAGACAACAACCUUUACUGGACACACUGGGGAUGUUAUGAGCCUGUCCUUAGCUCCAGAUUCCAGGUGCUUCGUGUCUGGAGCCUGUGAUGCAUCUGCCAAACUUUGGGACAUUCGAGAAGGAAUGUGUAGACAAACCUUCACUGGACAUGAGUCGGACAUAAAUGCCAUCUGUUUCUUCCCCAAUGGCAAUGCUUUUGCCACUGGUUCAGAUGAUGCCACCUGCAGGCUGUUUGACCUUCGGGCUGACCAGGAACUGAUGGUUUAUUCACAUGAUAAUAUUAUCUGUGGCAUCACCUCUGUAGCAUUCUCCAAGAGUGGACGCCUCCUCCUAGCUGGAUAUGAUGACUUUAAUUGCAAUGUCUGGGACACACUUAAGGCUGAUAGAGCUGGUGUUCUUGCUGGUCAUGAUAAUCGUGUAAGUUGCUUGGGAGUAACAGAUGAUGGCAUGGCAGUGGCAACAGGGUCAUGGGACAGCUUCCUCAAGAUCUGGAACUAAAAUACUAAGCGGGCUUCUCCGUGACUGGAAGACCAUUCCAACCUUCAAAAAUUUUAAAUCAUAGCAUAUCCGAUCCAACCAUACUAACGUGGACACCCUUUCUCCCUAUUCCUAUACAUCAAAGGGCAGAAAACUCUCCCCUUAUUUUGCUGAAACGAAGAGCACAAUUAUUUGCUAUAGGAAGAUUUGUUUUGUUUUGUUUUGUUUUGGUCUCUGAAACAGAAUUGUUCAUUCCUUUUGGGACCGUUUAUUCCAUUAUUCCCUCUUUACUUACUUUUUUUUAUUUGAUUUUCUUUCUCUUCUCUACAUCUCGUCUUGAAGAUUAAUGAUACAAAACACUAUACAGUAAAGACAUACAGUUAGCUUUGUUAAGCAGAAAGUGAGUUUCAUGAAAGUUUACCUGAAGGUCCUUGAUAAGUCUGUCCAGAUUGCCAUUUUGUAGAGUCUGGUGCACUUGCAGGUAUGGAAAAUCUGCAGCUAUAUAAAAACAAAAAGGAUUUUAAAAUGAGAAGUUUACUUAUUGUGGUUUUUAUUUUUUACUUUGGUCCAUUAAGUGAAGGUGGAACUUGAGUCUGUGUGUCAGGACAUACUGUUAGCCCUGUCCCUGUAGAGUUUCUUGUGAAAACUUGCACAGAAAGUGGCCAAGUUAAUAACACACAAGUGUAAACUAUCCACAUGCCCUCUAUUAAAUAACUUCAAUGGGUAGGUUGCUCCAGCGAUUGAGUUAUUUUUGAUGGCCAAAUGCUAGGAAAUGGUUAUAACACAAUGCCUGGAAUGCCAAUGUAUUGAUAGGGCCAUUUGAGAAUUAAAAGAUCCAUUUGAUAAUGGAUUGUGUCUCCAGGCUGCCCAGAACAUGGCACCAUUAAUAAUAAACUGUUCCCUGUACACCUUAACCAUAUCCUACACCUCAUCAUAUACUAACUCCUCUAUGAUUGAGACCAUGCAGAAUUGCAGAGCAAUGUGCCGGAGCUCAGUCUGUUCAGGAUAAUCCCAGAAACCCCCUUAAAGCCAGUAAAGGGUGCUGCAAGGGUUCCAACCAGAGGAAAACAUAUUUCUUUUUUUCUCUAAGUAUGUACAUCAUGAGGAUUUGCACCCGUAUCAAGCCCAGCUAAGCUUAUUUGAGGAGUGUGAAAGAUCCUUAUUAUUUUUUGAAUACUAACCUCUUUUCCUGCGGGGAUUGAAGGAAAAUGAUCCCCAAAUGUAAUGUAGAGGAGUCUUAUUGGUGCUUUAUGCUCUUAUGGUUUUCACUUUACAGAAAAGGAAUAAAAGGAUCGUUUACCAAGUUAUUUUAAUGUUUAAUCAAUACCGACCUUCACUUUCUGAAGCAUGUCAAAUCCUUAUCCACAGAACCCUGAAUAAUAACCCAAGUUCCUCCUAACCAAACACUGGGGAAAAGAAGUUAAAGAGAAAGGGUAACUUUCACAAGCGCUACCCUCGUCCCAUCUCCUAGAUUAGAAUCAACCGUGGACAGAAGUACAUAUCUGUUCGUUCGGAUAUACAUUCAGAUGUGUAUGAAAUGAUGUACAAAUUAAUGUUUUUGAAAAUAAUGAUCUUGAACUUUCUAAGUUAAAUCUUACGAAAGCUUUUAUUCUUUUGUUGGCGGGGAGGGGGGGUGUGUUUGCCAUAGGGAUGGGUUUUCCUCUUAGGGUUGCAUGCUGUAGAGUUGCUUAAUAAUGUGCAAAUAGAAAAAAAAAGUCCUUAGAUGUUUUUUUUGUUUUUUUUUUCCUUUUAAAGAAAUAACCUGUUUAAAAAAACAAAAACAACAAAAAAAAGAAGAAAUAACUAUUGCGGUUGUGCUCAUUUUUUUUUUUUUAUUUUAUAAUCACCGCUACUCUGUGUAUACAUUUUCAAAGACGUUCAGUGCAAAAAGAAAAAAAAAUGAGCACUUUGAAGAGUAGCCUAAUUCACUUUUUUUUAACAAAUAAUAAACAUCCUGUUCAAACGAUUACAUAAAAUUCAAAAAUGUUUUUUUUUUUUUUUUUUUUUCAGGAAGGGUUGGGAAAUGUGAAAUUAAACUUGAUUCUUCUGGUUUAAGUUGAUGCUUCUCAGCCAGUUCUUGUAGAAAAAGGAUCUUGCAUCUAAUCUUUUUAUUUUUAUGGUUCUUGCAAGAACAGCUUUCCCCGCCUCUUAUUUCUCUUUCAAAUCAAUCUGCUGCUCUCUUGUUGGGAUCUGGGAGCCAGGGCUCCGCCACAGGAAAGUAGGCAAGCGGUAAAAUGUAACUCGAUAGCUUUUCCCUCCUCAUUGUAUAUGAAAGAUACUCAACCUUUCGCAGUAGCGGCUUUUACAAAUUUUUUUUUUCUUCUAAACUUUCUGUACAAAAAAAAGUGCUGUAAUUGUGCGUUAGGCCGGGACCUGGCAGAAAAAGAGAUGCCCCCUCCCACUUCUUGCAUAAAUUACUCUGUAGAGCUCUCUGCACCCCCUUUCCCUUUCACCUUUUGUAUUUAAUUUUAAAGUCAGUGUACUACAAGAACGCUGGAUGCAAGAUAGAUACUAUAUUAAAAUGUACUGUUAUUUAAGAUGUAAUAAAGCAGUUUGACAUGAGUUUA